CUAUAUUUUUAUUAUUGUUUAAAGUUUGUUUUAAAAAAAAAUGUUGAAAAUUGUUAAACAAGUGACACUGGUUCCUAGAACACAAUAUUUUAUGUUUUACUCUACUGCUGCUUUGCCCAGGACAAAGGUGCAACAUGAAGUCAAAGAAGAAACAAAAUCAAAUUCCUCUUUUAUGGCCAACAUAUUUCGCGGAAAUUUGGUAUCAGCUCAAGUAUUUCCUUACCCCGACGUACUUAGUCCGGAAGACAAGGAACUUACCAUCAGCUUACAGGAUCCCAUUUCAAGAUUCUACAAAGAAUUUAAUGAUGCUGCCAAAAGUGAUGAAAAUUGCAAAACUGAUGAUAAAACCCUAGAUAAGCUGUGGGAAUUGGGAUGUUUUGGUGCUCAAGUUUCGCACGAUUAUGGUGGUAUGGGAAUAAACAACACACAAUAUGGACGUCUGGGUCAGAUUGUAGGAUAUAAUGAUUUGGGCUUGGCCAUCACUUUGGGUGCCCAUCAAAGUAUUGGUUUCAAAGGCAUUCUGCUGUAUGGCACUUCGGAACAAAAAGCUAAAUAUUUGCCGCAAGUAACCACCGGAAAGAUAUAUGCUGCUUUUGCUUUAACAGAGUCCAGUGCUGGUUCAGAUGCUAGCUCUAUAAAAAGCAAAGCAGUCUUGUCAGCCGAUGGUAAACAUUAUGUGUUGAAUGGUACUAAAAUUUGGAUAUCCAAUGGUGGUUUUGCCAAUAUUUUCACGGUAUUUGCUCAAACUGAGGUUGUGGACAAAGCCAGCGGUGCCAAGAAGGAUAAAGUUACAGCAUUUAUUGUAGAACGGGCAUUUGGCGGAGUAACCAAUGGGCCACCUGAAAAGAAAAUGGGCAUUAAUGCCUCCAGCACUACAGAAGUGUACUUUGACAAUGUUAAAGUACCCGUUGAAAAUGUAUUGGGCGAAGUUGGUGAAGGCUUUAAGGUGGCCAUGAACAUUUUAAAUACUGGUCGUUAUGGCAUGGGCGCCAUAUUAUCCGGCAGCAUGAAGUACUGCAUUGAAAAGGCGGUCGAUCAUGUUAACAAUCGUGUUCAAUUUGGUAAAAAACUCAAGGAGUAUAAGGGCAUACAAGAAAAGAUUGCCCAAAUGAAUGUGAUACAAUACGUAACAGAAUCAAUGGCAUUUACCAUAUCCCAGAAUAUGGAUGCAGGCAGUCAAGAUUAUCACUUAGAGGCGGCCAUUUCAAAAGUAUUUGCCUCCGAAGCAGCCUGGUACGUAUGUGAUGAAGCUAUACAGGUGCUCGGCGGUAUGGGUUACAUGAAAGAAGCUGGUCUUGAACGUGUUUUGCGUGAUUUACGUAUUUUCAGAAUUUUCGAAGGCACCAAUGAUAUUUUAAGAUUGUUUGUGGCUUUGACAGGCAUACAAUAUGCUGGCUCUCAUUUGAAAGAAUUGCAAAAGGCCUUCAGAAAUCCAGCUGCUAAUUUUGGUUUUAUAUUUAAAGAAGCUUCGCGACGUGCUGCCAGCACUGUGGGUAUUGGUGGCACAGAUUUAUCACCUUUUAUUGUAAACGAGUUACAAGAUCAUGGCAAGGCCACUGCCGAAUGUAUAGACUUGUUUGGCCAAUCGGUGGAGUCUCUACUAAUCAAAUAUGGCAAAAAUAUUAUACAUGAACAAAACGUCCUUAAUAGAUUAGCUAAUGCUGCCAUCGAUAUAUUUACAAUGGUUGUGGUAUUGUCACGUUCCAGCCGAGCAGUGCAGAAAAACCUACCCACUGCUCAUCAUGAGCUAAAUAUGACAAAAGCUUGGUGCUACCAGGCCAAUGAAAGAUGUCGAACAAAUCUACGCAAUGCUACAUCAAGCCAACAGCUUUUGCAUUAUGAACUAUUAUCGGAUAUAGCUGAAAAAGUAACAGAAACUGGCGCCGUAAAUACAACUCAUGUGCUUGAAUAAAGAAUUACGAAACGAUUACAAUUUAUUAGAUAUCCAUCCUAUGCAUGAUUUUUUAUAUAUUUAUACACUUAUUUACUCAUACAUAUUUUAAACAUAUUCAAGAAAUAACCACGAUAUUAUAGACUAUAUUUCCUUCUUAUUUAUAAUCAAUUUUUAAAUUUAUAACUUGGAUUUAUGUUCGAAAUAGAAAGUUAACUUUAAGGGUACCUUUUACUAAUUCGAACAUAAAGGCAAGUUUUAAUAAUGGCCCUAAAAGGUUUAAAAACGAAAUUUCAUAAACCUCUGAUAAAUUUAAAAUUUUAAUAUGAAUAAGGCCUAAAAACAUUUUUUAAACAUGACUUUAAAAUAAUGUGCUAAUAAUAUAUUGAAUAUAAUCAUUUUCUUUUAUUUAUCCUGCCAUA